AUGGCCACCCUGGUCAAAGAAUCCCCAGAGCUGGUCAAGGCGGACCAGAAGCAGGCUGCGGCAGAGCUGGUGAAGAAGGAUCCUAGAAAGGCGGAAGCUGCGUUUAGAGAAAUCAUAUCAAAGGCCCCCGCGGCCACCUCAGACGCCGCCACGCGCGAGUACGAGACUGCGUUGAUAAGCUUGGGAGAACUCUAUCGGGAUGAGAAGAAGACCCAGGAGCUUGUAAACCUGGUGCGGGAAAGCCGGACAGUAUUCUCAUCCUUUGCCAAGGCCAAGUCCUCCAAGCUGGUUCGUCAGCUUUUGGACUUCUUCAAAGACAUCCCCAACAGUACCGACGUCGAAAUUGCCGUCACAAAAGACUGCAUAGAAUGGGCCACCGCCGAGCGCCGUGCCUUCCAGCGCCAGGACCUCGAAGUCCGCCUCGUCACCCUCUACAUGUCCAAGCAAACCUACUACGACGCCCUCACACUCAUCAACGGCCUCCUCCGCGAGCUCAAGCGCCUCGAUGACAAGCUCCGCCUCGUCGAAGUACAGCUCCUCGAAUCCCGAGUUUACCACGCCCUGGGCAACAUUCCCAAGGCCCGUGCCGCCUUAACGAGUGCGAGAACGAGCGCUGCCAGCGUUUAUACCCCACCGCUGCUGCAGGCCAACCUCGACAUGCAGAGUGGAAUGCUCCAUGCUGAAGAUAAGGACUUCAACACGGCAUUUUCCUACUUCAUUGAGGCACUGGACGGAUACCACACCCAGGAAGAGUCUAGCAAAGCUCAAGCUGCGCUGCAAUACAUGCUCCUCUGCAAGAUUAUGCUGAACCUCGUUGAGGACGUCAACCAGCUCAUGGCAUCCAAGCAGGCCGUCAAGUACGCCGGCAAGAACCUCGAGGCCAUGAAGGCCAUUGCCCGCGCCCACGCAAACCGAUCUCUGGAAGAAUACGAGCGUGCCCUGUCUGCGUACCGCUACGAGCUCGGCAGCGACACCUUUAUCCGCAACCACCUCCGCCGGCUCUACGAUGCCAUGCUGGAACAGAACCUCAUCAAGGUCAUUGAGCCCUUCUCACGAGUCGAGAUUGACCACAUUGCCAAGAUGGUGGGUCUUGACACCCAGCAAGUUGAGAGGAAGCUGUCACAGAUGAUCCUUGACAAGGUCAUCAUUGGUGUUUUGGAUCAGGGUGCUGGCUGCCUUAUUAUUUACGACGAGACGCAGAGGGACGAAUCAUAUGACGCUGCUCUGGCAACGAUUGAGAAGCUGAGCAAUGUGGUGGAUGUGCUGUACACUAACCAGGCUUCUAUGCUCGAAUAA